CACAAUUGUGGGGGGGGGGGGGGGGUAACGGCGAGCGGAGCCACCGUCAACCAAACAUGGGAAGUGCAACAAAAUGAACGCGCUGCACUCACUUUGCCCUUCCAGUGCAGCACAGACAAGGAGAUACUUUGGCGGAUUAUCCGCUAUACUGUCAUUUCCCCCCCUCUGCCGGCGGGGAUCCGCCGAGCGAAGCUGACCAACCGUCGGGCCUCGUCGACGCAGGCCCAGCAGGACUCGAGUGAAGUUGUGAGCGGACUGACAAACUUCUGCUUCCUCCAGCGUCUCUCCGCAGGGCCCGGGGCUCCCGUCACCGGCCCUGUGGAUGAGGAAGUGAGCCCGGACCCAAGCACCCCCAGGAGAUAGGAAUCCCUUUGAUGGGAGAAUCCUCUUUCCUGGCCUCCUGGGUCAAUCGCCGUGCCAUGAUGAUGGAUGAGCAGGAGGCGCUGAACUCGAUCAUGCAGGACUUGGCCGAACUGCACCGCUCCAGCCGUCCUGCCAUGUUCCUGUCAGACCUGGGCAAACCCAAAGCCUCCUCGCCUAAGAAUCAGAACGACGUCAGAGUGAAGUUCGAGUUCAAAGGGGAGAAGAGGAUUUUGCAGUUCCCUCGACCUGUCAAGCUGGACGACCUGAGGUCGAAAGCCAAAGUGGCUUUCGGUCAGAUGAUGGAUCUUCACUACACCAAUAAUGAGUUGGUGAUUCCACUGACCACUCAGGACGACCUGGACAAGGCUGUGGAGCUGCUGGAUCGCAGCGUUCACAUGAAGAGCCUGAAGAUCCUCCUGGUACUCCAGGUGUCCUCACAGAACUCUUCCUCCAACAUGGACCUCUUGCCGUCCCACGAGGAGCUGGACAACACAGGAAUCAGGGUUGCUGACAAGAAGAGUAUGCUGGCCUUGAUAGGGUCCCAUUCGACCGAUCGCAGCUCCCCUCCUCCAGGAUACAUUCCAGACGCUCUCCAGCAGGUGGCGAGGAACGGCUCCUUCACCAGCAUCAACAGCGAGGGCGAGUUCAUUCCCGAGAGCAUGGACCAGAUGUUGGACCCGCUGUCCAUGAGCAGCCCGGAGAACUCGGCGUCUGGAAGUUGUCCCUCUUUAGACAGCCCACUGGACGGUGACUACCCAAAGUCCAGGAUGCCCAGAGCACAGAGCUACCCAGACAACCACCAAGACUUUCCAGAGUAUGACAUCCCAGUGUUUGAGAAGUCGGGGAAAGGGGGAACGUAUCCUCGACGAUAUGGCAUUCCCUUCGGCCUUCAAGACUACAGUGAUGGGAGGAAGACCUUCCCUCGGGCUCGGCGAACGCAGGUUCACGGCUUCCGCUCACCUGUCAGCUUCAGUCCAACCGAGCAGUCGCCCAGCACCAGCAGCGGCAGCAGUGUCUUCACCCCUGACCUGGAAGAGGCCCCGGGACCUGCCAGGAGGCCAAGGAGGGGCAGCGACAUUGAGCCCAGCCCUAAUCUGACUUCUGCUCCCACCCUCUCAGUCAUGGACAUCAGUCCACCCAGCCGCUCUCCACGUGCUCCAACAAACUGGAGGCUGGGAAAGCUUCUGGGUCAGGGUGCCUUUGGACGGGUUUUCCUCUGUUAUGACGCUGAUACUGGACGGGAAUUGGCAGUCAAACAAGUCCAGUUUGACCCGGAGAGUCCGGAGACCAGCAAGGAGGUGAGCGCAUUGGAGUGUGAAAUCCAACUUCUGAAGAACUUAUGCCACGAGCGGAUUGUCCAGUACUACGGCUGCCUGCGAGACACGAUGGAGCGAACCCUCUCCAUUUUCAUGGAGUACAUGCCUGGCGGCUCGAUUAAGGACCAGUUGAAGUCAUACGGAGCACUGACGGAAAACGUGACGCGCCGCUACACACGGCAAAUCCUGGAAGGGGUUUCCUACCUGCACAGCAACAUGAUUGUGCACAGGGACAUCAAAGGAGCCAAUAUCCUCCGUGACUCUGUGGGCAACGUGAAGCUGGGAGACUUCGGGGCCAGCCGGCGGCUGCAGACCAUCUGUCUGUCAGGAACAGGCAUCAAGUCAGUGACCGGCACCCCCUACUGGAUGAGCCCUGAAGUGAUCAGUGGAGAGGGCUAUGGCAGGAAGGCUGACAUCUGGAGUGUUGGCUGCACAGUUGUGGAGAUGCUAACCCAACGACCCCCGUGGGCAGAGUUUGAGGCCAUGGCGGCCAUCUUUAAGAUUGCCACCCAGCCGACGAACCCGGUUCUUCCCCCCCAUGUGUCGGACCACUGCCGAGAGUUUCUCAAACGGAUCUUUGUAGAGACCAAGCAGCGUCCUUCUGCUGAUGAGCUAUUGAGGCACAUCUUUGUACAUUAACCCAUCUUCCCCCUCGAACCUUUAAACCCCAGCCCGCCCGCCUGCCAGACAGCCAGAUACGUUCUUACUUGCUUGGGCGUCCCUCCACCUCCAACCUGGAACUACGUUAGACCAGGAAGAGCUGGCUGGAAGAAGUUGGGGGGUGCAGGUGGAGGAUGGUACCUACCUGAUCCUCCUGUCUCUGUUUGUCUGAGACUGCCAUAGAGGACAUGAAUUUUUUUAUUUUUUUUAUUUUUCUCUGCAAGUUGCACCUUAAUUUGUCAAAAGGGGAGGGCUUGAGCAUUUCCUCCUGAAGCGACGAAAAACAAAUAUUUGAGGAAAAAAAUAGUCUUUUUUUAAUGUUUGUACGGUUUCUCUCUUCAAACCUUUUGGAGUGGGAUCGUGUCGGUGUUGUGGACCUACAGGUGGUCGAGUGGCUCUGCUCCUUCGUCUCGCUGACCUGACCCUAGAAUGUAGUCUCCUGCCAAAACCCUGAGCGAAGGUGAGGACCUGGGCCCGCUGCUAUAGACGAAACUAAUCCCCGGAUGCGGAGAACACUCCCCCAAAACAGUUUCCACUUGCUUUCUGGUCUGGUCCCGGUCUCUGCUUUAUCAUCCACAAACUACCUUCCCUCCUCCUUUGCCCCACAUCUUCAUUCUUUACCAUGUGCCUUUUCUGUUUUUAAAAUGCAGCGUAGGAAUCAGUCUUGAGUUCGUGGAUAAUCUCCGUUGUUCUUAGUCGCAAUAACUCUGUGUUGUUUUCUUUUUAGCUCCUGGCUAAACUGCCUUGGCACCGUUUGCCCAAAUGCAGCUGAUCUCAGUUCAGGCGUAAUGUCCGUUCCUACCUUCUCUGUAAGAGAGACUCCUGGUGUCGAGAAGGGAUUCCACCUCAGCUCAGCUCAUUUGGUUUGUUUGCCUGGUAACCAAAUACCCUACCAAACGUAAAUUUCUAGGUUUUCACAAACCAACUGGUCCUCAAGAAAGACAAGAAACAACAGUCAGAUUGGUCGAACUCUUGUCAGGGCAGAUUGCUCCCAAAUAAGGGUGGACACGUGGAUUACCCGUGGAAAAAGUCAAAGCAAGGCAUUUAAAUAAGUAAACCUGAGCUCUGGCAAAGUGCGGUGAAUGUUUUCACAGUUUAUUGGCUAAACUAUUGGUCGGAUGAACUGUCAGCGAAAAAUUAUUUGCAGUCGCGUUGCUGGAAUCCACUAAAUAGUUAUUGGAAUUAUGAACAUCUGCUAAAAAUUAACAAAAAACAAGCAAUGUGAAAGUUUUUAAGAUGAACCCUUGUUGUACUCGAGAAGUUUCCGCAGUCGCGCUACGGACAGACCACUCAAUUACUUGAAGCACUGAAAGAGUGUUGAAUUUAGUUUUACAAGACGAGGAGCUCACAGUUGAUUGGCCAGAGGUCUGGCUGUAUGACACUGUCCCUCUGUUGUCAGAGGACGUCGGACUUUCCCAUAAGCUCGGACAUUUCUCCCCGUCUCACAAGCUGCUCCCAUACAGGUACAUUAAAUUGUCUGUUCACGCUCCACGCUGCAAAAGGUACUAUUACAUUCUCCAGCCAAGGCAUCACACUCUGCCGUGCCAGAGCGUCCUCAUUGUGUCAGGCGUGUUGUAUUUUCUUUGUAUCUUUUUUUUGUUGUAGUUUUUUUUUCCUUGCAUGCACUCCCACAGAACAGAUUCACAAGUCGUUUACAGUUUCUCACAGAGCUUUGUUUCCUGUGCAACAGUCCGCGCUCUACGCUCUUUGUUGUCGCCAAAAUCAAAUCAUGUCAAAAAGUUAAACUCGUCACUUUAGCCAAACCACAAACACUCCGUUCAGUGUCUCCGCCCCCGUUUCAAGUUUCCUCUUGGGCCUAGCUUCAGUUAUGUUGUUCUUUUUAAAUGAUGGACUGAUACACGGGGGCUGUUCACAGCAUCGGAGCCGUAACUAUGCACCAGUUAACUCACCGUUCACACGGGGCAACAGAGUUGAAUUAUUUUUCCACAACCAGUGACAUGUCGGCAUGAUGUUGACCAGCUCAGUCAGCAACCACUCAUAUGUUAGUGGGACUAAAUGACGCACCUCUUGCUCCAAAAUGGCGGACAACUACAGGUACACUGAAGACGAUAUUUAGGAGCAUUAAUUCAGCACACAUUUGACUAAGUUUGAUUUAUUCAUGUUUUCAACAACCCACUUGAUCUUUAUCAGUCCUUGGACAGUUUGGGGCUCAUCAGACUCCUUAAUAUAUAUGAAAAUGAACAACGUGGACAAACCCCAAAACAUAUUUACAAAGCAAAGGAAAUACAUUUGCACAAGACAGAUUAUUAAACAAAUCCAUCUCCAAAUCAUCUUUUACUUAAACCACUUAAAAAUGACGACGUUAUUCAGACAGAAUAAUCAUCAAUAGUGACGGCGAGACACAGUACAGCCGGUGGUUGUGGGCAGAGCUGCAGGUUGUGGAAAUGUAUUAUGUGUAAGGGAAUAAUAAUUUAAAAAAAUGCUCCUUCGCUCACAUUACGCAUUUACAAAAUGGAACCAAAUGGAGCUCCAGAAAAGUCAAACGAAAGAAUACUUGUGAAUCAGUCUCCUGUCAUGACUAAUGGCGGCAUACAGUUAAACUGUCUGGUACAGGUGGAGAUUUGUAAAUGCUGCCAGCACUGGCGAACCUCGACGCGCACUACCGUUAUGCACUUAUUGAUUAUUCACUGAUGCUUUUGCUCGAUUUCCUCGUCAGCUGUUGCUCGUGCAGCUCAAACCUUUUUUCUUUGCAAAUUUUAAAGACUGUUUUAUUUUUUAUUUUUUACACAAGUAUGUGAGUGGAUGUUUUCUGUGUGUGGAUGGUUCACUAGCAAUGACCUGCACAUGAAUGUAAUGUCUCUUUCUUUUUUUUUUACCGUCAGAUGGCCUCGUUUCACCACAGUGAAUUAAUUCUUUGGAAUCAGUAUUUGCCACCUGCAAACAACCAGAUACACCUAUAGUUCUCUCUUUAGUGUCUAAAGCCACUGCUGCCACUCCUGGGUGUGUGUGCGCGCGCGUGUGUGUAUGUAUGUGUGUCGGUCCUGCGAGUUUGUAAACGUGCAUUUACUGCAAUUUGUGCUCAUUGGACACUGCACCCCAAAUGCCUUGAGCAUUUAACUGUUGGGGGUGAGAACAUUAAAGUAAUAUUGAAAAUUAACAUACAAAAUGUACAAAUGUAUAAAGUGAAAAUGUACCCUUUUUAAAAAAAAGAAAAGUACACUUAUAUCCCACAUGUUUGGUCUCUGUGAAUUGUAAAAGAAGCCAUGUUUAUAAUUCUAAUUGGUUUGUGACCAAUACGCCUGUUUAUAUCAGAUCUGUAUAUCAGUGGUACGCAUAAUUUUUUAAUAUAUAUUUUUUAUUUUACCUUUUUUUUUAAAUGGGAGAUUUUAUGCAUGUUCGGGUCCUGAGAGACAGCGGUGCCGUUGAAUGGUUGCUGGGGUUUUUUUGGCAAAAUUCUGGAGUAUUGCCACAGCUCUGUGUUCAUAAUUAUAACAAUUAUGACUAUGACAAUGAAAACAAUAAAAAAAUAUUUAUUUCA